UAGUGAAAAGUCAAAACCCCAAUAUUCCUUGAAAACCCUUAACGACGUCGUAUUUUACUCGUAUCGAGAUAUCUAGAGUGGAGAGGUUUGAGUUGUAGGAGAGGAGGAGGAAGAAAUGGGAGGAGGAGAAGAAGAUCAACAGAAAUUGAAGAACACAGCAGCAGCAGCGUAUGACUACGAGAAUGAUCCGAGAUGGGCAGAUUAUUGGUCCAAUAUACUCAUUCCUCCUCACAUGGCUUCUCGUUCUGAUGUCGUCGACCAUUUCAAGCGCAAGUUUUAUCAACGAUACAUAGACCCUGGUCUAGUGGUUGAGCCAAUGACUACCAGCAGUUCGUCCCAACCAGCAAAACCAUCAGCUGCUCAACCAUCAUCAUCAUCGUCCACACCUUCUAAUAACCAGUCAAGACAGCGUAACUCUGGUCAAGCUAGUAGAACUUCAGGCACGCCAACUACUCCAACUUCAAAUCCGACAUCACUUCGCUGGGACCGAAAUACUAUACAAUUUUCAGUGAAUGCUUGGGUUUUUGUUGUUGCAGUUCUCUCAAUAUUUCCGCUUACACCUGCAAAUCUGUCGAACAGAGCAUAUCGACUGUCCUUCUUGGGAACUGCAUGUUCUUCGCUAUAUUCAUUGUACUCUGUAUAUGGGAAACCGAGGGCUUGGAAUUUACAAGCAGUGCAAGUUUGGUUCCAGUCAGUUAUUGUGACGAAGGAUUUCAUCUCCUUCAUUUACUGUCUCACAUUUGUCACUUCCCAUCUUUACCUGAAAUUUUCUUUGAUUCCUGUUUUAUGCCGAUCACUUGAACAUGUUGGUAAAUUUCUUCGACGUAACUUCGGCAGAUCUUCUUUGUACAGGAAGUACUUAGAAGAGGCUUGCGUAUGGGUCGAGUCAAACGUAACUACUCUCAACAUACUGUCUUCACAGGCUGAAAUUGGACUGGGAUUUCUUCUGGUUGUCUCUCUAUUAUCGUGGCAGCGUAAUAUUAUACAAACAUUCAUGUAUUGGCAGAUAUUGAAGCUUAUGUAUCAUGCUCCUGCUACUGCUGGUUACCAUCAGAAUGUGUGGGCUAAGAUCGGAGGGCUUGUAAAUCCAGUUGUUCAACGUGUCCCGUUCUUGAAUACUCCUAUUUCAACUAUUCAGAGAUGGUGGUUCAGGUAGGAGACUUGCUGAAAGAUAUACAAGAGUUUUAGGGGCAUGAAAUACUUUUUUGGGAUUAUACUUUGUCCUGAAGGGUGACUAUAAAACUAGAAUUGUCUAGUUAAUAUUCCUAAUAAUUGCCUGUGGGAGUUACUUCCAAGUUUCCCCCUUUUUGGGAUGUGAUUUUUCCUUUGUUUAACUGCUAUAUUUUGUAAACCUAAAUUCUCCAAGAACUCUAGUUUUACUAUCUACUAAUUACACUUCUAUUCCUCUUGCA